CAACCUCCAGAAGAGUGGUGUCUCAUGAAGACAAUAAGUAAGGAAGGCAGACUUAAUGAAAGUUCCCAUGCACUAGAGUUAUUGUCCAAAUCUCUUGAAACAUUUGGAAAGCUUAAGAUAGAUGACCUGUAUGACAAGAUCAAAGACAAUGAACCCAUACAACGGAACAACCAUCCAUUCCUUUGGAACUUCGAUCAUGGGAAGGUGAAUAAUUACUCUUUUGGGACACGUCAACAGAGGAAACUCUUUCCUCACUACCACCCCCCAACCUGGUUGGGGAACAAGUUUCUCCCUCUUAGGGGAUCGCCCCACACAGGCCCUGGGUGUUAUACAGAAACAGACUGGAAUGGUUUGGCACACAACCUAUCUCGGAUCCCCACCAGUACAAAAGGUUAUGCAGUUGGAGCCAGGACAGCUGUUAGGUUUAAGCCAGUCAGCAAGGAUGUGACACCAUAUCCAGGAAUGUAUCAGAAAGUUGAUACUUGGAAUGAAAAACACAAACAAUGCUUUGCCCCAUUCAAUGCCUUGAUGCCUCGAUUUGGGACUGAAGUUAAGGGUACUUCCUAUCCUGGCCCUGGCACAUACAAUCCAGAGAAGAAGUCACCCCCAAAGAUUGUAUGGCCAAUGAAAUUUGGAUCUCCAGACUGGUCUCAGGUUCCAUGUCUAGAGAAAAGAACUCUAAAGGCUGAGCUGUCCACAGACAAGGACUUUAGAAAGCAUCGGAACCGUGUGGCCUACUUUAGCCUGUAUUACAAUUGAGAAGUAGGCACUGUCUUCACAUGUUCUCCAGAUCAGAGACUCUCCAGAACUAAGGACAGAACCAGUCCUGUACUUCUGCGUUCCUGGGCCCUCUGGUCUGCCAAUUCAGCAUCUGGGGAGGGGCAAGGGUCUCACAGUCACCCUAUGAAAACAUAAAGACUGGUCCAGAAUGUU